GCGCAGGCGGCGGCGCGCGCGCUGUCCUGGAGGCCGCUCUGGAGGCCGCUCUGGAGGCCGUCCUGGCCCGGCAGGCUGUGCGCGGGCAAGAUGGCGGCGCCCGGCGAGCCUGCGCGCUCCUCCCGGGCCAGCCUCUUCUCCUUCCUGCCGGGAGGCUCGCGCUCCGAGGGGACGGACGACCUGGCGACCGACGCCCGGGGCCGCGGCGCCGGGCGCCGAGACGCCGUCGCCUCGGUCUCGGCGCUGGCCGCGGCGGCGCUGGGCGCGGAGGACGCGGCGCUGAGGCGGCCCUGCCGGGCCUGCGUGGACUUCAAGACGUGGAUGCGAUCGCAGCAGAAGCGGGACAUCAAGUUUAGGGAGGAUUGUCCACAGGAUCGUGAGGAACUGGGUCGCCACAGCUGGGCUUUCCUUCACACGGUGGCCGCCUACUACCCUGACCUGCCUACCCCGGAACAGCAGCAAGACAUGGCCCAGUUCAUGCGUUUAUUUUCCAAGUUUUACCCGUGUGAAGAGUGCGCUGAAGACAUAAGGAGGAGGAUAGACAGGAACCAGCCCGAUACCCGCACUCGGGCGUCCUUCUCCCAGUGGUUGUGCCGACUGCACAAUGAGGUGAACCACAAGCUGGGCAAACCCACCUUCGACUGCUCGAAGGUGGAUGAGCGAUGGCGUGACGGCUGGAAGGACGGUUCCUGUGACUAAAAGAUGGACAGCCAGAGCCUGGGGGGUGUGGGCGGAUGCCAGACAGAGCCUUGUGGGUGGCCUGGCUGGAGAAGGGUGUGCGGGGAGCUGAUUAAAGUGCAUCUGAGCCAGAACCUGUCAUCUCCGUGGGAUGGACCCCUCCCCUCAGGUCGGAGAGUAGAAGUGGAGGUAGUCACUGUCGGUGCCUCUCCGUUGAGGCCUGGCGGGGCUGCAGAUGAGGGACGCAGGAGCAGCCGCACCGCCCCUGCCAUUCCGUCUGCAGUCUUUUGUCCACCCUGUGUUCUAAGCCAGAAGGCCGUGGGCCUGGCUGCAGCACCCGGCACCUGCCUUGUGUGGUCCACCUGUGCCUUCCCACCCACCGUCUGGGUGAGGAACCUGCAGAGCUGUGGCUCUGCUAUCGCCACUUGAGGAUUGAAGCCUAAGUGUGGGCUUUCCCUCGGGCAAAGGUCCGUCCACCUUGCUGCCUCCUCACUGCUUGGGACAUGGCCUUCCGUAACUGUGCCAGUCCUGUUAGCAGGGGGUUCUGGGACGGCUUCCUCAGAGUCUUAAGACCAAAAUUAAAUGCUGGAGGUGAUGGAG